GAGCACCAUCCCCACUUGGAGCUGUAAUAGUCUUGAAGUUUGUCUGCCUGAGAAGAGCAUCAGUAUAUUGUCCUUUGGAUCCAGCCUUCCACCAUCACAGCUGACAAUGCUGAAACCCACAGACUCCCUGGAGCUCAUAUAUUACCUAAACUGUUUAUACAGGGAACCUAGGACAGUUGUACUCCACAAGGGAUCCACCGGCCUUGGCUUCAACAUAGUGGGGGGAGAAGAUGGAGAAGGCAUCUUUGUCUCCUUCAUCUUAUUAGGCAGCCCAGCGGACCUUAGUGGAGAGUUGAGGCGAGGGGAUGAAAUCCUAUCUGUUAAUGGCUUUGACCUUCGUGGAGCCACACAUGAACAGGCAGCAGCUGCACUGAAAGGAGCCGGGCAGGUGGUCACCAUUGUUGCUCAGUACAAACCAGAAGAAUAUGGACGUUUUGAAGCCAAAAUCAAUGACCUUCGAGAACACGUGAUGAACCACAGUUUGAGCUCUGGGUCAGGGUAUCUGCCAACAAAUCAGAAGAAAUCACUCUAUGUCAGGGCACUGUUUGACUAUGAGAAGUCAAAGGACAGUGGACUACCAAGCCAGGGGCUGAGUUUCAAGUAUGGUGAUAUCCUUCAUGUCACCAAUGCAUCAGAUGAUGAGUGGUGGCAAGCCUGUCGUGUCACCAGCCAUGGAGACAGCAAGGAGAUAGGAGUCAUUCCCAGCAAGAAAAGAGUGGAACGGAAGGAGCGGGCACAUCUAAAAACCGUGAAAUUUAGUGCCAGUGCAGGAUUGUGUGAUUCAAAAGUGGACAUCGUGGGUAUAGGUGAUGAUGGGUACGGGACAAGAACAUUCAGAAGUCAAGAUGAUGCAAGUCUCUCCUAUGAAUACGUGCUACACCAAGAAAUUGAUUAUGCUAGACCUGUCAUCAUUCUUGGACCCAUGAAGGACAAAAUCACUGAAGAUCUGAUUGCGGAAUUUCCGGACAAGUUUGGUUCUUGUGUCCCACACACCACGAGACCAAAAAGGAACUAUGAGGUUGAUGGGCAAGACUAUCUCUUCGUGAUGUCCAGAGAGCAGAUGGAGAAGGACAUUCAAGAGCACAAGUUCAUAGAAGCUGGACAAUACAAUGACAAUCUUUACGGGACCAGUGUCCAGUCUGUAAAAUAUGUAGCUGAGAGGGGCAAACACUGUAUUCUGGAUGUCUCUGGAAAUGCUAUUAAACGACUACAAGUAGCACAGUUGCAUCCGAUAGCCAUCUUGAUAAAACCUAAGUCUACUGAUUCAUUAAUGGACAUGAAUAAGAAAUUGACUGAGGAACAAGUGAAGAAGAUAUUUGAAAAGGCUGUGAAGCUGGAGAGGGAGUUUGGAGAAUUCUUUACAGCUCUGGUUCAUGGAGGCACUUUAGAUGAUAUUUAUCGCCAGUGUAAACAAGUCAUUGAUGACCAUUCAGGACCCUACAUCUGGAUUCCAUCAAAUGAAAAAUUAAAAUGACUCAUGGCCUUGGAAAACAAUCCUGGCUGCUGGGAACAAGAUACAAGCAGUCAUCUCUAAAGUUGUGAAACUGUAAUUUUACUGUUUUUCUUAUUUUAUUCAAUGUUUCCCUCCUUGACCUUUUUUGUUAAUGUAACUUAAAAGAAUGUGAAUUUUCUUGUUUGUAUAGUUUUUGAUUUUUGUAAAUAUAGAAGAGAAUAUUCUAAUAUAUAUAUAUAUAUAUAUUAUAAAAAUGUAAAUUUUUUCCAACAUACACUUGUUUGUGAAUAGAAACUUAGGUCUGAUUCUGCUAUGGUGACCCACAGAGGUGCUUCACAAGCUCCCCACAUUAAGCUAUAUUUUAACAUCUGUGAGGAAACUUUGGGCAAGAGUUCAGUGACAACUUCACUGCUGAAAUACAGGUUGGCCAAACUGAUGGCGAUUGGAUACAGUUCGGCUGUUAAUAUAUCACCGAGGCUGAAAUCUGCACUUGGGCGCAGCAGGGUGCAAGGAGCAACAGUCAAAAGGAAACGUUGUGCCAGAAAACAGAAGAGGGGGAGGCGGGCCGGCAUGUUGGCCCAGCUGAAGGCUAGGAAGCCACCUAUUCUGACUGUUUUUGGCCGUUGUCCGCUCACUGGAUAACAAGGUGGAUUUGUUAAAUCUGAGGCUGAGAGUUUCUGCAGAGAUGAAGAACUGUGCCGUUCUUAGCCUAAACAUCGGUCGUCAUGAAGUUCUUCGAGAAGCUAGUCAUGAAUCACAUCAAGGACUCCAUCGACAUCAAUGUGUCCACUGCUGUGCUGACGCCAUUUCAUCGGUGAUCCACAGUCCUGUUCCGGCUGUAUAUAUAUAUACACUGCUCAAAAAAAUAAAGGGAACACUUAAACAACACAAUAUAACUCGAAGUAAAUCAAACUUCUGUGAAAUCAAACUGUCCACUUAGGAAGCAACACUGAGUGACAAUCAAUUUCCCCUGUUGUUGUGCAAAUGACACAUGACAUCCAUAGUCGCUCUGCCACAGUAGAAUAAAUCCGUUAAGUCAAUGAAACUUGGAAAGGUAGGUAUUAUUAAUUUGGUGCUGUGCUCCACAGCAAAGGGAAAACAAAUCAGAAAAACCGCUGAAGUAGGACUCGAAGCUACAUCUUUCUCGCCCUCAGUCUCGGCUCAACUACUCGCAGACUCGUUGCCAUAGCAACUGACAACGUCUUAUGUUUCAGGAUUCAACACCAAAAACACUCAAAUAUUUCCCA